AUGAUCGCGCAUGGUUCGGUGAUUGUGUUCACGCUAUUCGUUAUCGUUUCCGGUCACUCAGCCCAACGUGAAAAUUGCCUUAAAACAUUGCGUGCCAACUUCGCUUUUAUUGUGGAUGCAUCAGACACAACAGAACAUUUCGAGUUUGAGUUUUAUGUCAAAGAAUACAUGAACGACUUAGUGCGGAAGUUAAGAAUUGGAAAGGAACAUGCUUUGGUUUCUGUCCUUCUGUAUUCCGAACGCCUAUUCCUGGCUAUCAACCCUGAACGAGUGCAGACUUUGGACCAGCUUCUGAUGGCCAUCAGAAAGUUACCGCAUCUAGGCGGGCCAAGUUCUAAAGCCAAUUUGGCCGGUGCUGUUACUGGCACUGUGUCAGCUGCAUUCCCAGUCAGAACGAACGAAACUUUAAACGAGGCUGUACGCGUCGUUAUUUUGAUCAGUUCUGGAAGAUUGGCGCAAUCUGAAACCGUGUCCGACUACCCGACGGAAAAGAUAUCUGUAUUUCCCAACCGCUUGCAGUUGGGACAUCACAUUGCAUCGAUUCAGCCAGUUGCGAACACUGUCACUCUGCAACCGGAGGCCAGGGAGGACGAGAGACUGAAGAAACUCGGUGAAUUAUUGAAAAGCAGAAUAGACUAUGUGUUCAGUAUCGGUCUGAAGGGAGCCUAUGAGCGUGGUAUUCAAUUGUUGGCAAAUAGCGUCAAAGAGCACGCGUUUCUAGUUGGAGAAGCCGAUCCAUCCUAUGCAGGUCUAUCGUUGGAUAAUUUUGACCCGAGUUUAAUACUUUGUCCCGAUCCCGGUGAGUCCUAUGUGUUUUCACAUCCAGAGAUAGAUUUUUCCGGUUGA